AUCAAUAUCAUAUCAAUCUACUCGAUCUAUCCAUAGCCAGUCAUAGUUGGCACCCAGCAAACUACUAUACUAGCUACUAGACCAAGGCAAGAAGGAAUGGGCCUAACCACCGCCGCCAUCAUCGUCAUCGUCAUCGUCGCCUGUCUAGCCGCCGUCUCGCUAGGCGCCGCGCUCACCCGCCAACUGUACCCCGCCGAGUCCUACGAGCGCCGGUUCCAGCCCUCGCAUUCUCAGGAGAUGUAUAUGCGGUCGGUGCGGAUGAGGAAUCUGGGGAUUUUUCGUCGCGAGAGUCUUUUUUCGUCCGCGUCUGUGGGGAUGGGCAAGGAUUUGGAGAGUCGAUGUAUGUUCUUUCCCUGUCUCCCUUUUCUAGAGUUUGUGGUUGCUGAUGAUGAGUAGAUACUGUUGAGGAGACGAGUUCGAGGGGAUGAAUAGCCAUCUAGCUAUGAUUUGGUUUGAUUGCUUGAUAGAUGAUGGAUGAUAUUGAUUGAUUGAUAUCUACCUAUGGGCUAU